UACAUUGUUGAGUCUUUCUUCACAAUACAUCACAAUUUACGCCCACAUCAUUCUCAAUAAAUUGCUUCAACCUUAAGCUUUAGAGAGAGUACUUGAGCCUGAUGUUAAGCAACUUGGGGCAGAUCAUUGCUUUAAUAAAAGUAUGGCUUUCAAAAAGAUCACAUUGAAAAGCUUCGUACCCGGUUGUUUCAAGGCCAAGAACCCAACCUCUGAGCCAAACCUUCCGGUUUCCAAACAAAUUUCUUUCCGGAGGCUGUGGCUCUCGGAUUUAAGUAACUCCUCCUCUUUCAUAAGUGAUCUAUCGAGUUCUCUUGUUGGAUCAAAUCUGCAUAUUUUUACUCUUAAGGAGCUCACAGUUAUUACGCAGAACCAUUCAAAGAGUAAUUAUCUUGGUGAAGGUGGGUUUGGACCUGUAUAUAAGGGGUUCAUUGAUGACAAGCUAAGGCCUGGGUUGGAAGCUCAACCCGUGGCUGUCAAGGUCUUAGACUUGGAUGGCAAACAAGGCCACAGGGAGUGGCUGGCUGAAGUAGUAUAUCUUGGGCAAUUAAGGCACACCCAUCUUGUGAAUUUGAUCGGAUACUGCUGCGAGGAUGAGCACCGGCUACUCGUGUAUGAGUAUAUGGAGCGUGGCAACUUAGAGAACCAACUAUUUAGAAGUUAUUCUGCAGCCUUGCCUUGGUUAACAAGAAUAAAGAUUGCCAUUGGAACCGCGAAAGGCCUUGCUUUCCUCCACGAAGAAGAAUUACCAGUCAUAUAUCGGGAUUUUAAAGCUUCAAACAUCUUAUUAGACUCUGAUUUCAACGCUAAACUCUCUGAUUUUGGGCUUGCAACGGAUGGACCAGAAGGGGAGGACACUCAUGUCACAACUCGUGUCAUGGGCACCGAGGGCUAUGCAGCUCCUGAAUACAUUAUGACAGGUCAUUUGACGACUAUGAGCGAUGUAUUUAGCUAUGGAGUGGUUCUUUUAGAGCUACUAACAGGUAGACGAUCCGUGGACAAGAAUCGACCGAGUAGAGAGCAGAAUUUGGCAGAAUGGGCAAGGCCUGUUUUGAAGGACCCCCAUAAACUAGACAGAAUAAUGGACCCCAGGCUUGAAGGGCAGUACUCGACAGAAGGGGCUAGGAAGUUUGCGUUAUUGGCUUACCAAUGCUUGAGCCUGCACCCCAAAUCAAGACCCACAAUGACCAAUGUGGUCAAGACCUUAGAGCCUCUCUUGGACUUGAAUGAUAACCCGAUUGGACCCUUUGUGUACAUUGUACCAAGUGCAGGAGAAAAAGAAAGUGGUGCACUGAAGAAUGGACGAGAAGCUGAAACUGAAUGUGAGAUGACAAAAGAGAAGCACCGUCAGCAGCGCCGAAAAGGUCAUAGACAUAGACAUCGGAUCAGGUCAUUGAGGUCUCGCGCUGUCUAUUCUGAUACUGCUUUGUAUAAAACUCUUGGGACUAGUUUGUACUCUCCCAAACCAGAGCAAUUGGACGAACGGGCAUAGUUUGCAACUUUGCACUGUUUUGGCAAGCAUGUUGUAGUCAGUUGUACACUCUGAAAAACAAAAACAAAAAGAUAUAGAUUACAGAAGAUGUUUUGGCAAGCAUGUUGUAACUUUGGACUAGUCGUCGUGUAUGUUCAUCUAUAUUUGAAGUAGCAUGCUUCCAGUUUCCAAACUCUACAUGUUAUUUUAUUAGUCUAUAAUCUGGACUAUUCAUGCUACUUUGAUUCUAAGUUUUAUCA